AUGGCGCUUAAGGCCCCUUCUGAGAAUGGCAUUCUGUAUUCGCCGUACGCCGGAGGAUCAGUACCGAGAAUUUCUGUGUACCAGGCCAUUAAAGAAUGCUUGGAGAAAUACGGUAAAAAAACAGCCUUAGUAUGCAGUGAAGAUCAGGUGACGUGCUUCGAACUCUUCAAGAAGUUAAAGCAAUACGCCGCUGGAUUCCAGCGUCACGGUGUCGAGCCCGGAGACAAAGUGCUCGCACAUUUGGGCGAUUCGGUGGAAAGCUUCAUCGCCAUGUACGCCAUAGUGCUUGCCGGGGGCAUUGUCAUUCCAUCUGAUCCAGCGUCUGACAAAGGUGAAUUCCUUCAAAAACUAAGAGAUGGAAAAGCUAGCCACGUCUUCACAACCAAAACGACAGCGCACCUUUCUCCAAGCAAACUUGAAGAGGAAUGCAUCAAGGUAUUUGAACUUUGCUCAAAUUGCCGAAGAACCAAUUACGUCUGGCUACGCGACAACAUAAUAUAUGCGGCGUAA